AAACUCAAUAAAACAGCUCAAUAAUGAUCAAUAUUCAAGUUAUAUGUAAAAUGUAUUUUCUUUUUAACGCUAAUUUAAUUUUAAUGACAAUCAACAUUGGAACAAGGAAGAGUAGCACAGAGAUGUUUAACGAAUUGGAACGUGGCCCAACGGCGCCACGGUUUGAAAUCUCCGCGUCGUUGUCCUGUGUUGUUGUGUAGCGUUAACGUCAUUCAUACAUUUUCCUCGCGUUAAAUCUUUUAAAACCCAUUUUGGGGUCGUUAUGGGUGUUCACGAGUUGUGGUCUAUCGUCGAGCCGGUUCGUGAAUCGGUGCCACUCUACAGUUUGAGCGGAAAGACGCUGGCAGUUGACCUGAGUUUAUGGGUGUGCGAGGCCCAGCAUGUCCAGGCAAUGAUGGGGAAAGUUACCAAACCCCACCUUAGGAACUUAUUUUUCAGGGUGUCAUCCCUCACGUUUAUGGGGGUAAAGCUUGUCUUUGUGAUGGAGGGGGAAGCCCCUAAACUUAAAGCGGAAACCAUGAGCAAGAGGACAGAAACAAGAUAUGGAGGACUCAAAAAGGCUUCUGCUUCUAAGCCCAUAACAAACACCAGCAGAGGGCGCUUUAAAUCGGUACUCAGAGAGUGUGCAGACAUGUUGGACUCUCUUGGUGUGCCGUGGGUGAUAGCUGCUGGGGAGGCUGAGGCCAUGUGUGCCUAUCUGGACUCACAGGGCCUCGUGGACGGCUGCAUCACUAAUGAUGGAGACGCAUUCUUGUAUGGAGCCCAGACUGUCUACAGGAACUUCAAUAUGAACAGUAAAGACCCUCAGGUGGACUGUUACAGGACCUCCAGGGUCAAAACAGAGUUACAUCUCUCCAGAGAGAAUCUUGUCGGUCUGGCCAUCCUUCUUGGCUGUGAUUAUAUUCCUAAGGGCAUACCUGGGGUUGGUAAAGAGCAGGCUCUGAGGCUUAUCCAGAUGCUGAAAGGACAUACACUUCUGCAGAGGUUCAACCAGUGGAAGGAGGAGAAGGCGGGUGUGUCUGAAGGAGUUGUAAAGAAGGUUGCUCACUGUAACGUGUGUCGACAUCCUGGUUCGGUGAAGGCACAUGAGCGCGGUGGCUGUGUGCUUUGCGACAGCAAACACUUCUGUCAGCCUCAGGACUUUGACUACCAGUGUCCUUGUGACUGGCACCGCUAUGAACAGACCCGCCAGGCCUUGUCUUUUGAGGCAAAUAUCAGGAAGAAAACACUGGCAAGUCAACAGUUCCCCUUUACAGAGAUCAUUAGGGAGUUCCUGAUUUCCAAGGAUAAGCCUGUGUCACAUUUCAAGAGGAGACGGCCAAAUAUGCUGCUAAUGCAGAAUUUUGCCUAUAACAAGAUGGAGUGGCCGAAGCACUACACCAGUGAAAAGGUUUUAGUUUUGAUGACCUACGCAGAGCUGGUGAACCGAACAUAUGGAAAAGAAAUGUCGUCCCAAAUCAAGCCACUCAGAAUAUUAAAACCAAGAGUGAGGAAUGCCAUCGCUUGCUUUGAAAUCAUCUGGAGCACACCAGACCAUUAUGUGUUUCCUGAUGAUUGGCCUGCAGAGGAUCAACAUGAGGUGAGGACGGUGGAGGAAGCGUCUCUCUUCCGUGUGGCCUUCCCAGAGCUGGUGGAGAGCUACAUGAGAGACAAAGCUCUGGCUGAGGAGAACAAGCUCAAGAAGAAAAAGCCAAAGGGUAAAAAGGAGAAACCAUCUGACCUGAUGUCAGAUGGUAUUUCAGACCUCUUGUCCCAGAUGACCCUGCAGAGUUCCUCUGAAACUCAGCCACAAACGCUCCCUAAUGUUUCAAACACAGCGGAAGUGGUGCUUGUGGACACUCCAGUGAACCAUAAACAGCAGCGGAAGUUAAAAGAAGACCACAGAGGUCUGGGUGAUUACCCAAGUACUCCUCUGUCUCAUGCAGGACCAGAAAGUUCACCUUCUGUCUCUGCUGUUGUUGACGCUUUACACCUGAGUGAUAUUGACUGGGAUGCUUUGUCCUUCACGUCCUCUCCAACUCCACAAUCGGCCGCAAACCACGCCACUGAACCCACACUAAGCAAAACCACAGGCAGUGAGGCCAAGGAAACGGAGCACAGGAACAACGGGCACAAAAACUCAAGUGACGUCAAAGAGGCCGACUCCAGAUCUGCUAUGGAGUUGUGCAACGUGGAGUGUCCUCUAAGGGACAGGGUGCUCAUGAGGAACACCUCUAAAGCUAUAAACCAGAUGGAGGUGCACAAUGAUUUGGUCUCCAAACAACUAAACUAUGAGCUUGCCUCUCUUAAACACACUUCUUCUCAUAACUCAAACUCAACACCAAAUGGACAAAUCUCCAGUAAAUGUAGCCAUGAGAAUAAAUCAGGGAAGGAAUCUGCCAUGGUUACAAAGGAACCACUCACUGACAAAAGGCAGUGUGCAACAAAUAAAGCAGAGACAGAAUCCCACAGUGCAAAUCAGCAGCUGAGGCCUCCAGUGCAAGCUCAAAGUAAGACAAAGAGCAAAUUUAAAGACUCCCAAAAGCCUCCUCAGAAAUAUAAAUUUGUCAGAACAGCCAUUUCAUCCUCAGCUGUCCCACCACAGAGGUGCCACUCUGACCCAGGCCAAAGGGAGAAAAACAUGCUGCAGAGUCAGACCACCAAGAAGAGUGUGUGUAUGAGCAUGGGUUCAUCCAGUGAGGAAAGUGACACAGAGAACCUGCAGUUUGGACCUCAAAGGAAAGCUAAGAUCAAGCCAACAAAUAAGAUAAAGCACAGCUUCCUUUCAGACUUCCCCCUGAAACCUGUUUCUAGACCUAAAACAACCAAACAGACAGAGAAGACAGCUCGCACUGUGCCAUCAGUACAGCUAAAACCACAGAGCUGCAGUGUAGAUAUUGAGACAGACAGCAUACCCGUAUCAACAGAAAGCACGUGUCAGGAUGUCUCAGCAGCUCAUGUGGAUGAUGAUGUGCUCCUUCAGACUCCAGCAUCGCCUGUCGCUGUGGUGGACAGUGACGAUUCAGUGGUUUGUAGUGAGAGUCCGCUGCCACUGGCUGAGCGACUGAGACUGAAAUUCCUCAAGUGACCAGCAUGAUUACUGAAUAAUGGACAACAUUUAUGCUACUUUUUUGUUGAAUGUGAAAGUUAACUUAUAAUGUUGAAGGGGGGAAAAAAAACAAGAUCUUACCUGGAGAUCUAUUCACCAGCUUGUUAGAGUAGAGCUGCACCAAUAAGACAAUUUAUUACCUGACAGAGAAUUAAUCUGCAACUUUUUGGAUAGCUUGUUUAAGUAUUUUUUCAAGCACAUAUGAAUUCUUCCAGCAACUCAAAUACAAGACUUUGCUGCUUUUAACAUUGCAAUAAAUGUAAUAUAUUUUUUUGGACUGUUUGGACAAGACAAUGAGACAAGACACACUUUUAUGUAUUAAAUGAGUGAGAUGUGGUUUAAAAGCACCACUUCUUGAUGAGUGUUUCACUGUUCCUGACAGGAACAGUUGAUGUAAAACAGGGAGAAAGGUUGUGGAUUAGGACAGCUUUCAGCAUUAAAUGGUAUUUCAUUUUGACAAGGAACAUAGAGAGAGGGAGCAGUACAGCUUGGGAGGACGGAGAAGACGCUGAACCAUUGGUUUUACAACCUGCCAGUGUUUGGUCCCCUUGAUCAUGAGUGAGGCCUUGCACACCUUUUUCAGACAUGAAAGGUCUGGCAGGAGGUUGGUGACAGCUGCAUCCUCUGCCCAAAUAACAAGUCAGUCCUGCUGGGUCUUAAAUCUUUCCCUUUGUCAGGAUAAUUCUGAUUGUUUUCCAGUGCAAAUCAACUUGUCUCCCAAAUCAUGUUGGCUCAUGUAAUUCCCUUCUGAAGGAUAUUUACAGUUCACGGAGAACUUAUCAAACUGGAGAAACUACUUUGGAAACAAAUAGCGUGACUCCAGGUGGCGACAGAUUUUAAGAAUAAGCAAAAGAACAGUGAAUGUUGAAUUAUUUUUUGACUUAAAUUGUCCCAUUUCCAGACAGGAUAAUGACCCCCCCCCCUUUCUGAACCUUUAGUUACUCUGAUAUAUUUUCAAAAAUUUGUCCCUGUAAGGUUGUGUAAGUUGAGAAUAGUAUUGUCUUGUCUAUUUUGCUAUAAAACUUAAGACUGAAGACACACGCAGGCCUGACUUGCCAGUGUGGUGUGAAGAUCUCGGGUGAAACAGCAUCCUUCCAUUCCUUCAUUGGACAGAUCGCAUCAAACUGAUAAUUGUCGUCGUGCAGACUUUAAAGAGUAAUUUCCCACAAAAGGAAUCUAAUUAUUUUUCUUUCUUUUACAUUAUCCGUCUAUUUAGCCUUAUUCACACCACUGUGAUAACGAACGACGCCCUUCGGGAAGGUCGCAUUUUGGCACUUGGG